UGAUGGCUUUGCUAGAGGCAGAGGUGAGUUGCUUGUUAUCUACCCCAGCUUCCAUCCAGCCCUAACCAAGUGAUAUGCCAAAUCCGUUCUUGUCUUUCCUUUAUCCUCCUCAUAUGAUGACCUGCAUCGCACUGUCCAUGAAUCUGGAUCAUGCAGUCGAGUAUACCCCCCAGCGAACAAAGCAUCUCCCAUAAUGGGCGCGAACUUACAGAUCCAAAAGCUACCAUCCGGGCGCUCGGCGUGGGCGAGCACGCUAUGCUCCUCUUACGCAGGCGUGUCAACGUCCCCGGGCCCGAAGGCAGACCUAUAGAACAAGAUGCUGAGAUGAUGAGAUUGCAAAUCCUUGGAGAUCCACAACUUAUGAGACAAUUACAAGAUACGCUACCGGAAAUAGCGGCCGCUGCCCAAUCCAACCCCACACGUUUCGCAGAGCUCUUGCGACAGCAACGGGACCGCGCACAACAAGCUGAGCUUGGUCGGCAGCGCGAGAUUACAGCUCUUAAUGCUGACCCGUUCGAUGUCGAGGCGCAGCGUCGUAUCGAAGAAGCUAUCCGUCAACAGGCAGUCAUGGAAAACAUGGAGCAUGCACUUGAAUAUUCCCCGGAGGCGUUUGGGCGAGUGACUAUGCUUUAGUGAGCGCUUGUCCGACGUCAGAGUGUAAAUGUGCUGAUGGACGGUAGCGUGCCGGUGGAGGUGAACUCGCAUCCCGUGAAGGCGUUUGUAGAUAGCGGAGCGCAGCAGACAAUCAUGAGCCCUGAAUGCGCAGAAGCAUGCGGGAUAAUGCGUCUCAUUGAUGGACGAUUUGCAGGCAUCGCACGUGGAGUGGGGACUGCAAAGAUUCUGGGACGCGUGCAUAGUGCACAGAUGCGACUUGCAGACUUGCAUCUUCCGUGUUCCUUCACGAUAAUGGAGG